AUGAUCAACGGAAACAGAAACCAAGAUAAUGAAAAGGCUACCGGAGGUUCGAGGGCAACCGACACGUUACCGAUUCCACAUGGUGGCUGUGGGACGGCCGGGAACUCGCCUCGUCUUGACGACAACAGCCCCAUCAUUUAUCGAUAUCUGACUUUCGAUACGCUCCUUCCCGAGCUGGCGGACAUUUCUUCUCAUCAGUCAAUCGAGUCACAAUCAAAACCGGCGGGUCCUGACCUGACCCGGUAUACGUCUCCUCUAGAAUGGCCUCAAGCACGUAAAUACCUGAUGCUGGCGCUUUCGUCUAUUGCCACCUUUCUCACGGCCUACGCCGCCGGCUCAUACUCCCCGCCCUCGUCUAUUAUGGCCGAUGACCUCGACACUUCGCAGCUCAAGGUUUUGGUGGGGAUAACAACCUUCUGCAUCGGGUUUGCGCUCUCACCCAUGGCACUGGCACCCCUCUCAGAGAUCUACGGCCGCUACCCAGUUUUCGUCAUUUCUGGAGUGAUUUAUGUCGUUUUCCAGGCCGUUUGCUCUGUUGCGCCGAACCUAGCUGCCAUGCUCAUCGCGAGACUUCUUGUUGGUGUCGGUGGCUCUGUCUUCAGCUCCGUCAUUGGCGGUGUCAUCGCAGAUAUGUGGGUAAAGGACCAAAGGAACAUGCCUAUGGCCCUCUUCAGUGGCGCGGUGCUCGCUGGCACGGGGGCUGGUCCUUUGGUUGCAUCCGUCAUGGUGAAGCGGAUGGGUGCUGAGGAUGCGACGAGGGCUUGGAAGUGGAUAUUCUGGCACCAAGUCAUCAUCGGCACCGUGGUUGUUGUUGCUCUCGCAGUUCUCUUCGAGGAGAGUCGAGGGUCAGUGGUCCUUUCGAGGAAAGCCAAAGCAUUGAAUGAUUGGUACCAGGCCAGGGAAGAGUUGGGCUAUUACGACGUGUGGUCCCAAGGCACCGCGACCAGCAACGGAGAUACAGACGCGACUUCAGACUCGAACGAUACCCGGCAUAGCUCUUGUACUACUCGACCGGAAAAGGCAUGUCCGACUUGCCGCUCGGGUCGACCUUACUCGGCCCAGUUGGAGCCCCUGAGAUUGCGGUGGCUGGUCAAAGAAGACGAGGAACGAGCAUCUCUGGCUAAGCUCGUGUCCGUUUCCAUCUCGCGCCCAUUCCAUCUGCUUUUCACAGAGCCAGUCGUGUUCUUCUUCUCCCUUUGGUGUGCUUUUGCCUGGGCCGUCCUUUAUUGCACAUUUGGGAGCAUCCCGUUGGUCCUUUCACGUACGAGACACCUAGAUAUCGAACAGUCAGGCUACUUCUUCAGUGCCAUGAUAGUUGGGUCUGUAGUGGCGACAAUCGUCGGUGUCUUCCAAGAUAAGCUGCUCCAGUUGCCUCAGUGGCGGGCCGACGGCCCUAUAGACGAGCCUUCGCGGUUCUGGCGCUUCAUGCGACGCCGUUUUCCCGCCGAGGCCCCCGAAUCGCGCUUGUACUUUACCUGCAUUUCGGCUACACUGCUACCUGCCGGUCUCUUCCUCUUUGGCUUCACCUCGAAGCAAGAGUUUCAUUGGAUAGCUCCCGCCUUUGGCAUUGGUCUAGCGACCUGGGGCAUUUACUCGGUAUACCUGGCCACUUUCAACUAUUUCGCCGAUAUCUACAACCAAUAUGCGUCCUCGGCACUCGCUGCACAGUCAUGCUGCAGGAACAUCCUGGGUGGUGUAUUCCCGCUCGUUACAGGCGCCUUGUUUCGGAAUCUAGGGGAAGAACGCGCGGUGAGACAGCUAUCCUAG